AUGAUAGAUGUGAGGUGCCGGAAACAUGUAGAUUUAAAAGCCAUUUUGGAUUUUUACAAAUUGGAGCUGGAAUCUCAUAAUAAAUCUUAUAUUAAUGAGGCAUUGAGAAGAUAUAGUAUUGUGAGCAAAGUUGUGGGGAAGGAAUACACUGAAUUGUAUUUAUUACCUCUUAUAUUAAAGGUAUUGGAAAUCGGAAGUUAUGAAGUAAAUCAUAUUGUCUCAGAAGAAUUAGUCAAUAUUAUUGAUCUAAAUACACAUUACACUGAAGAAAGUAAAAAAACGAUAAAAGAUAUUUGUAAUAAUCUUUUGUUUAAUGAAGAGAUGAGCAUCCGAAUGGAGAGUAUAAAGUCUUUGGAAAUAAUUUUUUCAAGGCUCCAAGAUGAAAGAUUCAUAUUCUCUUUUAUUGAAGAAAUUUUGCUACCAAUUAUAAAAACUAAAUUCAAUUUUUCUGGUAAUUAUUAUACCUCUUCAAGUUCAUCAUUGACAGAUAAGCUUUCACUUUGUAAUAUAAUACCAUCACUAAUAUUGCCAUAUUGUAACAAGUUUGAAAAGAACAAUUUACUACUACUAUACCUUUCUUUGUGUGAUGAUGAAGUUCCUUCACUUAGAAUUGGUGCAUCGCAAAAGCUAGUGAAAAUAUUAAAAAAUAUUUUUCCUCUAAAAUGUGGAAUGACCAGAAUUGAGUAUCAAAAAUUAAAACUUUCGGAUCAAAACAUUAUUACGGAAAAACUUUUAAAUUUGGUAUUGGCAUUAUACAAGGAUCAAACGUGUGAUUUACUAAAGUCAGCAUCAAUUGGGAUUGCGAUUCAACUAUACACAAAUCCGAUUUUUUAUAUCGAAUUUAUAAGUUGCGAUGACCGAGAUAGUCUGUUGUAUUUUAUAUGUAGCAUUUUUGAAAAUAGAACCUAUUUACAAAGACAAGCAGUAAUAGAAGAGUUGAUACCACUUUGCUUAUCAUUAAAAGGAUAUUAUGAAUUGAGCCAAGAAGAUAAUGAAAGCAUUAUAUUUAAUGGAUAUAUCUUGAAUGGUAAUUCUAAUAUUCUUUCGAAUAUUAGAUGUAAUAAUUAUUCUGUUGAUAUCAUUCAAUUCAUAUUUGACAAUUUAACAAAAGAAGUCGACAUUGAAAUUAGAUUACUAACAUUUAAAUUUAUUGAGAAGUUAUUAAGAAUGGGGAUUGAAAUAUUCGAAUCAAACAGAGAUUCAAUUUUAGGCCAAUCAAUAGAAUACGAAAGAAAAACCGCAAUUGACGAUGUUGUUAUUUCUGUAAUAAUGUAUAUAAAUAAAAACAUUUCAGACCUAUUGAUGAUUGGAAGUGUUCCAUUCAAAUGUAUAUUUUGUAUAAUAUUAGUUCAAAUGAUUAUAUAUUCACAGCAGUUAUUUGAAUAUGAUAUAUCAAACCGCAAAAUUAAGAAUUCAAACAAUAAUCUGGAGCAUUUAAAAAUUAAGGACAUGUUUAUCCAGAUUUUUAUUUCACACUUCAAUGACCCAAAUAUUAAUGUUGUAAGUACCGCUAUCGAAAACCUAUAUAAAAUUAUAAACUUGGUUAGUGAAGAACAACUAAGCGAUUACAUAUUACCCAAAAUUAAAUCUAUUUUGUUUGUUGAGAUUGAUCUGGCCGCGUAUAAUAACGAGCGUGCUGAAAAAUCUACUGCAUUACAUAAAUGGAGAAUAAUCAGGUGCAUAAUUAGACAGAUUCCUCUCUGGAUUAGAUAUAAUCAACCUUGUUCCAGAAUUUGCCCAUUUUAUAAUUCUAUUAUUGUACGUUCGAUUUUAGAUACUACCUUUUCAGUAAGUAUUUCCGCAUUGCAAACAAUAAUGAGAAUCAUCUCAAAGCUUAAUGAUUUCAAUGAAUGUACUAUUUGGAUAAAUGAGUUUAUUAUUCCAUCUAUUUUAAUGCCAUUUAUUGAAGAUGAAACUCAUUCAAUCAAAUAUACAUUUGAUAUAGCAGGUUCUAUUGAUUACAAUAAUAUCGAUGACUUCAGCCUUAACAAGAAUGUUGAAAUAUACGAAUAUAAGUUUAGGAGUUGUGAUUAUAUGAAUCGAAUUUUCAUUAUGAACCUGAUUUUUGCUAUUUAUCGUUCCCUAUUUUACAAAUGGGUAUAUAUUAACUUUCAGGAAUUUAAAGAUCAUUUAAAUUCGGUUACUUCAAAUAUACCAAAUUCUUUUAAAACUAACGAAACAUAUAUUGAAGGGCAAAAAACCCCUCCAUUUAGAGUUUUAUCAAGUAUAUUGGAUGGAGAAGAAUUAUUUAUUAAACUUUCAGAACUGGUUGUGCCAUUAAUCAUAAAUUCUAUAGAUGAUUCAAUAAAAAAUGUUUCGAUUGCAACAUUACAAUUGGUAGUUCAAGUCAUUAAAAUAUUUUCAUUGGAUUUGUAUUUUUCAUGUGACAAAGAAAUGUUUGCCUGCUCUAGCUUUGGAGAAAGAGACGGAUUUGGCGCAAACGACGAUAGUGACGAACUUUUGAAAGAGCAUUUGCUAAAUCAAUUUGAGUUAGACUCCGUAUGGCACCUUAGAAAUAUAAUGUCAAAUAGUAAAAUAGAUCACAAAAGUGUUAAUAUUUUUUCUAAUUGUAUCUAUCAAGAGUUCAUUCCUGUAUUUGAGAAAAUUGGCGAGCUCGAAAUUGAUGGAAACGAUACAGAGCUAACUUUUCCAAUUAUUUCGAUAAAAGAAUGGUAUAAUAUUUUUAAAAAAGAACUAAGCAAACCCUAA